UCGAAAUUAUUUAGGAGAUUGAAAUUGAAGGCUUGUUGAUUGACUCUGCUCUGUGUUCCUUGUUUGGAUGCAAAAAAUUGAAACUUUUAAUGUAAAUCAGGAAGAAAAUUUCAGUAUGAGGCAGUGUACUGGUGCAUGAAACUGGUUUCUCAUGGAAGGAAGGAAUUGAGGUUGAUGUAAUGUUGCAUUGAGGUACAUAGAAGAAGAAGAGAAAAAACCCCUUGAACUUUAAAGUAAUCUGAAGGGUAUCCUCCGGCCGUAACCGAAGACUAAUCCCCAAUCGAGCACUGUUGGACCCUUUCGGGAGCGACUCUCCCAAAUCCUUUUUUUCCAUUCCCAGGGCUCGAACUCGAGACUUUUGGUUAAGGGACCCAGGCUCCUUACCACCUGUGCCAAAGGAGUUUGGUACUGAAAUGGGGGAUGAUUCUUCUAUUAGUUUGGACAGCUUGAGGGCUAAUUGGACUCCAACUCAAGACCAAUAUUUUCUUGAGCUUUUGUUGUCCCAUGUUCACAAAGGGAAUAAAACUGGCAAAGCAUUUGGCAGAAAAACUUGGGCAGACAUGACUGAACAAUUUAACUCCAAAUUUGGGUUCAAGUAUGAUGUAGAUGUGUUGAAGAACCGUUACAAACGAUUCAGGAAGCAAUACAAUGAGAUGAAAAUGAUUGUUAGUCAAAAUGGAUUCCAGUGGGAUGGGACACUAUACAUGAUCAUAGCUGAUGAUAAAACGUGGGAUGAGUAUAUUAAGGCCCACCCUGAAGCCCAAGCUCUCAGAACAAAAGUUAUUCCAUAUUAUAAUGAUCUGUGCAUAAUUUAUGGCCAUGCAGUUGCUGAUGGGAGAUACAGCCUUUCAUGUUUUGAUGUAGAUUUUGAGCGUGAAGAAAUGGAUGACAAGACUACCACCAGUAAAGGAGUGGAUGAUCAUACUCCCCCCACUGUUAUUAAUCACAGUAAAAUAGACUGGUCUCCAAUGAUGGACCAAUUUUUUGUUGAACUGAUGCUGGACCAGGUGUGUAAAGGGAACAAGAUUGGCCAUACAUUCAAGAAGAAAGCAUGGACAAACAUGACAGAUAAAUUUAAUGAUAGAUUUGGAUGUCAUUACAGUAAGGUUGUCUUAAAAAACCGUCUCAAUGUCCUGAGGAGGCAUUACUGUUCUAUUAAUGUCCUCCUUGGCAAAGAAGGUUUUAGUUGGGAUAAGACACAACAGAAGGUUGUGGCUGAUGACCAAGUUUGGCAAAACUGCAUCAGGGUGCAUCACAACUUCAGGCUAUAUAGAAUUAAAAGCAUGCCUUUUUAUUCUAGCAUGUGCAUAAUAUGUCGCGAUGAAGCUUCUGUUAGUUGCAAGUCAAAUCUUGAAAAGGGAUCUUCUGAGAGAAAGUACUCUAUCCCAUAUACUCAGCCCCUCCCUAAUGCAGACAAAGGAGCAUUGCAUGUAGGUGGUAAAAAUAAUUUUACCAGAGACACCAUGCCACUCCCUAAUACAGAUAAAGAAACUCAGGCUCUCCCUAAUGCAGAUAAUGAAGCAUUUGUUUUACGUGUUGGAAAAAAUGUUUCUGGUCACCAAAAAAGGCAACAACCUAAAAUGCCCCCAACCUUGAAUGAGUCUAAGAAGGCAAGAAACUAUGAUGAGGGCAUGGCAGUUGCUCUGAAACAUAUGGAAGUUGCAGUUACAUCACUAAGCAAGAAAACAAAGAAAGAAGAUAAUUUUUCCGUAGAUAAUGUUAUCAGGGAGCUUCAGGCUAUACCAGACCUGGAUGAUGAUCUAAUAUUAGAUGCCUGUGAUUUUUUGGAAGAUGAGAAAAGAGCAAGGAUGUUUCUGGCAUUGGAUGCUAAUUUAAGGAAGAAAUGGUUAUUGAGAAAGCUUCGUUCAGAAUGAUUGGUGAACCUCGGGCUAGUUCAUCUGAAGGCAGGUUUCUUAAAUUCUCUUAAACUGCAUGCAAAGCAAGCCAUAACUUCCAUGUGUUCACAAGAACCCCCAACAUGUUUGAAGCUAGAGGAGUUAUUCUUUGUAGAUAUUGAUGAGUAGAGAUAAAUUUGAAAACUAAAUUUCUUUUAGUUUAAAAUAAUGAAAUGUAAAGUUAUCUAUGAAGGAGAGAAAGAUUGUAAAGUUGUGUGUUAAAUGGAACUUCAAGA